AUGAAGAUUGGAGUUUCCCGGGUUAAACUCUACUUGUUAGCUGAAGAUCUUUGGGACGUUGUGGAAGCCACCACUGAACCUCCUAAAUCAGAAGAUGGUGAAGCUGAGUUUAAGGCGUGGAGGAAGAAAGAUGCCAAGGCUUUAAUUCUAAUCCAGAAUUAUUGCGGGUCUGCUAAUUACUCUUUAAUCUUGGGCACUAAGACCGCCAAAGCUGCCUGGGAAUCUUUGGCCGAAAAUCUAAAGCCAGCUCUAGGACCUGAAGGCGAUGCCAAUGACUUGUACAUGCCUUUCUUCCAAACUUUGUUAGACAAUGAUUGGGAUGCUGCCAUGGAGUAUGUUAGGCAACAUCCUGAGAAACUAAAUGCGACCUUUGAACAAUUAGACAAUGGGACAGCUCUUCAUUUCGUAGUCUCAAACGGGAGGUUUGAAAUUGCAAAAGAGUUGGUGCAGCUAAUGAGCGAGGAAGACUUAGAAAUACUAGACUCUAUUGGUCGAACAGCUCUACAUUUAGCUUUAUUACAUCGAGGAGAUUCCCAUGAAAUAGUUAAGUUCAUGGUUGAAAAGAACAAGAAAUUACUUAGCAUUCGUUUUAACAAUGAUGAAAUUGCAAUUCCAUUUGUCUUGGCGACUAUAUAUAUAGAAGGAAGGGUAGCAGUGUCUCAGUAUCUCUAUUCUGCCUCUCCACUGGAAACUCUGGAGGACCUUGCCUAUGCCGGUGUAGUUAUGUCUGCGUGUGUGGUGAAAAGCCGAUAUGGUAGGUAUAAAUACCCUUCUGUUUGUGCUGCACUUUAG